AUGAUAUCCACAUUGCAGCUUUGUCAAUCGGGUCUAUUCAAAAAACGCUCCGAGCUCCUCAGCCGCGAUGCUCGAGUGGACCUUUCAUACGAGAGGGCCAAAGCCAUUGGCUUAGCACUCGGCAUCACUCUUCAUGAUACUUUGCAUCUGACCCAAAAUUUUUGGGACAUGCAUACCGACCCAAUCAGGGUCCUAGAUGGGGCCGCGUCCACGCUGCUGACCAUUCAGUACAAUCUGGUCGCAGGAACACUUGCACAAUAUGCUGCAACUACCAGACCUGAUUUAGUUUCCCUCGUCGAAGACAUUCUUCGAUGGGAUGUCAUUGGUCAAUUCUGCCUUACCGAGCUGGGGAGAGGCCUAGACAUCUUCCGAAUGAAGACAUCAGCGACACUUCUCCCAACUGGUGAAUUCGAUCUUCAUACGCCGUUGCCCUCGGAUGCCAAGUUCAUGCCACCAACCGUUCCAGUGAAAGGUCUUCCAUGCAUCGCCAUUGUUUUUGCACAACUGUACGUGGACGGCGAAUGCCGUGGACCUCGACCGUUUCUUGUGAAUCUCAACGACGGAUAUGAUAUGUGCAACGGGUACUUCUUUAAAUUCGUUCCGUCGAUUUCAAACUUAUUUUCUAUGAUUACUAGGUUGCUGCCACCUAGAGGAGGCUCUGUCCCCGUCAACCAUGCGCUCACAAGCUUCAAUCAUGUCCGUUUGCCAUCUUCAGCCCUUCUCGGGGACCUCGAGAAGUCCAACAAAAUGCAUCGUGACUUUAUGUCCUCUAUAUGGCGUGUUGCGGUCGGGUCGCUAGCGCUUGGCUCAAUUGCAAUACCUAAUCUCCAGGUGGCAUCGUACAUCGCUGCGCGUUACUUUCAGCGUCGUCAUGUCACUAGCGUGUAUGGACAUCCUUCGCCCAUAAUUUCAUACCGAACGCAACAGCUCCCGUUACUACAUGCCAUCGCUCAGGCGUCCGUUCUAAAAGCGCUUCACAAAUGGGGCAUCGAACGUUUCAUGGACAAGAAUCUUGAUGUACGUGUGCGACACAGCGUCGCGGCUUGCUGUAAAGCAGUCGUGCUUCAGCAUGCACAAGUUGCAAAUUACGCACUGUCUGAAAGGCUUGGAGCCCAAGGCCUCUUCGAAUAUAAUCGGCUGUCCAACCUUUAUAGUGAGAUGAGGGGAAUUAGCAUCGCCGAAGGUGACAUCUUAGGACUUUCCAUGCAGCUCGUGGCAGAUACCCUGGCCCAAACGUACAAGUUGCCUCCCUCGACACACCCAGAUGGGCCACUUGCGAUGCACGAAAUCUCGUUAUUCGAUGAGGCAACCAAGACAGUUUCCUCCUCAUCCGAUUUCACGCAAGCGUUUAUGCAAUAUGUGCAGCCGCGCUGUCAGCUGAUGGUCGAAUCCAUGGGACACCGCAUGGCCUAUGACGCCGCUGUCGACCAAGGAGUCUCCCAAUGUCUCGUCGAUCUGUAUCUCAUCAAUGCGAUCAAGACAGAUGCCGCGUGGUAUGUGGAACAUGGCGUGUUUACACGGAAGGCCAUGGUGCAUAUGGAGGAUGCUGCUUUGUCGGCAGCUUUGCCUCGCCUGGAGGAGUUGCUCACUGCGAUGGAGGUUGAGCCAUACGUGUCGUCACCCAUCAUAUCGGAUAAGUGCUGGGAGAAAUUUAGGAAGACGUUGCCUGUCUAUAGCUUCACUCAGGCUGAGGUACCGGCGGCGCGACUUUAG